CCUGCAACGAAGAAUUAAUGAGAGAGAGAGCUCCUACUGAUCUUUUGUAUUUGAUUGUGUCGUCCAAACUUUUUGGAGAGAAGGCGCUUUUGGAAAAUGAGGCCAAAAUCUGGUUUUUUGGGGUAUUUGUUUGUAGGUUUUGUUGUAGUUCGUGGCAUCAGCUGGACGACGCAGUCACUGAUGGUGUCUGCCGUCGAGAACAAAACGACGACCACCGUGAAUGUGGGCGUCGUUCUCGAUUUAAGUAGUCGGGUUGGRAAGAUGAGUUUGAGUUGCAUCGACAUGUCGGUCUCCGACUUCUAUGUUUCUCAUCCUGAACACAACACCACAAUUGUCCUUCACAUCAAAGACUCCAAGGGUGAUGUUUUUGCAGCUGUUGCUCAAGGCUUGGAGGUAAUACAGAAGAGCAAAGUAGAAGUGAUUUUGGGAAUGGRAAGUUGGUUGGAAGCUUACUUCACUAUGAAGCAGCUGGGUGAGAAAGCUGAGGUCCCAAUCAUCUCCUUUGCACCAAAAAGCUCCACUUUCUCUUAUCUCAAAUCUCCAUACUUGUUCCGAGUAGCCCAGAACCAGUCCUCCCAAGUUUACGCCAUUCACGCCAUCGUUAUGAAUUUUGCUUGGAAGUACGUCGUUGCCAUGUACCAGGACGAUGAGUUUGGAAACUGGAUUAUAGCUGAUCUCAUCCAGGCUUUGCAGGUAGUAUACAUCCGUGUUCACCGGAGCGUGAUCGACUCGGAUGCAUCUGACAAUCAGAUCGGAAAAGAGCUUCAUAGAUUGAAGAUGAUGCGGACGAGAGUUGUGGUGGUUCACAUGGAGCACAGUCUUGCGACUCAAGUUUUCUACAAGGCAGAGGAAAUUGGGAUGAUGAGCGAAGGCUAUGCAUGGAUUCUGAGUAGCGCCACAGCAAAUGUCCUAAAUACUUUGAACUCUUCAACUCUCAGCUCAAUGCAAGGAGUUUUGGGAGUAAAAGCCUACGUCCCAAGGACCGCGGAGCUCCAAAACUUCACGGCUCGAUGGAGAAAGAAGUUCCAACAACACAACCCAACGGUCGAUGACCCGCAAUUAGAUGUUUAUGGGCUAUGGGCUUACGAUGCGACAUGGGCGCUAGCAAUGGCUGUCGAGAGAAUCGAAAUGGAUCCUAAUUUGGUGGUGUCUGAAAAUGGCAAGAAAAUCAGGGAGUCACUGUCUAAGACAAAAUUCAAAGGUGUUAGUGGGGAGUUUAAUUUGGUUAAAGGGCAAUUAGAGGCACCAAAUUUGGAGAUAGUGAAUGUAGUGGGAGAUGGACAAGUAAUGAGGGUGGGAUAUUGGACUCCUGAAAUGAAUCUGAGCAGAGAUUUGAAUCAAAAAGGUGAUUUAAGACCUAUAAUUUGGCCAGGACACAGCUUUAGAGUUCCCAAGGGAUGGGGGACUUCACAGAAGAAACUGAAGAUAGGAGUUCCAUUGAAUGCUGGUUUUACUGAAUUUACUAUAGUGAACAAUGGCUCCAUUGUUGGGUACUGCAUUGAUAUCUUUAAAGCAGCUGUUCAACAGCUUCCUUAUGAUCUACCGUAUGAAUGUGUUCCCUUCAAUUAUACGCGUGGACGCUCAUCGGCUUCCUACGAUGACUUGAUCAUGGAAGUGUCUCGAGGGGUAUAUGAUGUAGCAGUUGGAGACAUAACAAUAUUAGCAAACAGAUCUUUGUGGGUAGACUUCACAUUGCCAUUCACGGAAGCUGGAAUUGCAGCGGUGGUGCCUCUAAGACGUAACUUGAGGAACCAUGCAUGGAUUUUCUUGAAGCCAUUGACUUGGGAACUCUGGAUCACAGCCCUCUGCUUCUUCGUCUUCAUGGGCUUUGUCGUCUGGAUUCUCGAUCACCGAAACAACGAAGGCCUCCGUCAUGGUCCCCCGUCUCACCAGAUCGGCACCACUCUCUGGUUCUCCUUCUGCACCAUUGUUUUCGCACAAUGGGAGACGUUGGUGAGCAAUCUGGCGAGGUUGGUGGUGGUGAUAUGGUUCUUCGUGGUGUUCAUUCUAACUCAGAGCUACACCGCGAGCCGAACGUCGUGGCUAACAGUUCAGCAGCUGCAACCGGUGACCGACAUCAAUCAGAUCAUUAAAAACAACUGGGGUGUCGGAUAUCAAAAAGGCUCUUAUGUUUUGCACACACUCCAAUCUUUGGGCAUAAAAAAUUUGGUCUCCUAUGACUCAUUAGAGGAACUGCAGCAGCUCUUCACAAAAGGAAGCUGCAAUGGCGGCAUCGACGCUGUCAUUGACGAGGUCCCUUACAUGAAGCUCUUUCUUUCAACACAUUAUGAUGACUAUACCAUGGCUGAUUCUCUCUUCAAAAGCAACGGUUUUGGAUUUGCCUUCCAAUUAGGUUCAUCUAUAGUAGAAGAUAUGUCGAAGGCAGUGUUAAAAGUGACCGAGAGUGAAGAAAUGGGCCAAAUACAGGACAAGUGGUUUGGGAAGAAAACCAGCCAUCAAUCUUGCAGCACCAGUUUGAACUCGUCUUCUCCUAGUCUCGAUCUCAGUUAUUUUCAGAGCUUAUUCCUCAUCGCCGCCUCCACUGCGGUCUUCGCUCUCCUCCUCUAUUUCUUCCUCCUCCUCGACAAAACGUGCUCACACUUUGCAAUCAUCACUGCUAUUCUUCAUAUUUUUAGAUUCAACGAUGCUCGUCCGGUGGGUCCAAUCCCACCGGCCACAGCAGCGGAGGAGGUCUGCCCAACCACCAUGGCCCCGCCGAGUCCUUCCCACGCCUCGGUCCACUCUGCCGAGUCUUUAAAUGAGACUGGCGAUCCGUACCAUGAAAAUCAUGCAUCCUUUGAGAUAAUCCCCAACUGAAUUUUGUGUCUAUUUAAUUUGAUGGAAACUUGAGAUAACCUUCUAUUAGAUUAUGACACUUGAGUAGAGGUACUAUAUAUGAAUAAACAAUGCAUCUCUUGAGAUUGUGAAGCUAUGCAAUAUUACUAUACAGGGAAGUAUACUUGGGACCUACCUAAUUUUAUUGUAGAAAUUCUUGGACUCAAUUAUUGGACCAUGCAAACUAGAAAUACCUUUUCUUCGGUAAAGGAAAAGAUUACUCGAUCUAUUUCCRUAUCACUCAUGAUAUAUAUAAUAACUUGGGCACCCGUUUCAAAUGCAUAUCCCAUUUUUGCACAGCAAGGUUAUGAAAAUCCACGAGA